AUGGACACCACAGCAUCAAAGCUGGACAGGAAUGGCUACGAUUUUGACUGUGAUUACUACAGAGAAGACUUCUUUGACAGGUUGUUCGAGUAUCGCAGAGUGUCUCCAGUUCCGUGGGUGGUACCCGUUAAGUGUCCGCGGGUGGUGGUGCCCCUUAUGCAUCGGGUUAAAUCCCUGCCGGUCAAGCUGCUGACGCGUAACACCUCCAUCCUUCCAACCAGCAAACUGAGAUGUGAGUUUGUGAUAAAAAGUACUGAGCUGCAGGCCAUCAAGUCUGAGUUGACUCAGAUUAAAGCCAACAUCGAGUCUUUGCAGGUCAGACUGGACCACAUCACAGAGGACACCAAGAUCACACCAUCAGAGCAGAGGAAAGCUGAAGAGGCUAAGAGCAAGGAGGUGUGGCACGAGGGGGAGGAGUCAAGCUCGGAGCAGGAAGACGAGGAGGAGCACAGGGAGGAUGGCGUCCUGGAGCACAUGGUGUGUGUUCACAUCUACGGCUACUGUGUGUUUGACAGAAGAGCUGCCACUGGGCUCCGACACGUCCACGUGGUGGAUCAGUCAGACCUGCGGUGCCAGAAUCCUCCAUCCUGCUGUGAAGACUGA